AUGAAUUCCAACCCCGGACAUAUGGGACUUGUUGACCGUGAGGCAGAGCAGCGGAACCGAGAAUACACACAGGAAUAUAGCGACAACCGCAUGCACAAGCAAAUCGAGGAGUUCUGCGAUGGCCAAAUCCCACGUGUCAUCGUCAGCAUCGAUUCCUUGAGGGAUAAGCUGCCGUCGCGGGCUGAGGGUUUGAUCAAGAACUUUGCCGAUGAAGUUACUUGCGUUGAGGCUGCCCUGAAGGAAGUGCGAAUGCGCACCAGUGAUGCUGAUUUUGACGGCCACUACAAUGUCGGAUUUGAGGGUGCCUUUGGCGAGCGCCACGUCAACCCGCGAUCUUUGAAGAGUCCGUUCCUUGGGAAUAUGGUCUGCUGCGAGGGCAUCGUGACCAAGUGCAGCACGAUCCGCCCGAAAGUUGUUAGCAGUGUGCACUACUGUCCUGCCACAGGCAAAACGCUUGAGAGGCGCUACACGGAUGCCACUGAUGCGGGUGCCAUGAUUUCAUCAAACACUUAUCCUACCCAGGAUGAGAAUAAGAACCCGUUGACGACCGAAUUCGGCCUCUCCCACUAUAAGGAUCAUCAACAAUUCACCCUACAAGAGCUGCCAGAAUGCGCUCCCGCCGGUCAACUGCCAAGAAAUCUCGACGUCAUCGCCGACUGGGAUCUGGCUGAUGCUGUCCAACCUGGCGAUCGGGUUCGUGUCAUUGGGCUUUACCGUGUCAUGCCGAAGAAGCGCCAAGGCUACACUGAUUGCUCUUUCCGCUCGCUCAUCAUUGCUAACAACAUCCAGCACAUGUCCAAACUGGCCAGCCCUGAUCUUGGAGCUGACGACAUCAAGCGCAUCCGCAAGCUCGCCAAGGACAAGGAUGUUUUCGACAUCAUCGCUCGUUCGCUAGCCCCAUCGAUUUACGGCCACGAGGAGGUUAAGCGCGGGAUCCUUUGUCUGUUGCUCGGCGGCGAGGAGAAGAUCACUGAGAGUGGUGUCCGCAUACGUGGUGACAUCAACUGCUUGCUGAUCGGUGAUCCAUCCGUCGCCAAGUCUCAGCUUCUUCGUUACGUUCUCAACACCGCUCCCCGGGCGAUCACAACAACUGGCCGAGGCUCAUCUGGUGUCGGUCUGACUGCCGCUGUGACGACGGACUCCGAGUCGGGUGAGCGCCGCCUUGAAGCCGGUGCCAUGGUGCUGGCGGAUCGUGGUGUCGUGUGUAUCGACGAAUUUGACAAGAUGUCUGAUUCUGAUCGUACAGCCAUCCACGAAGUGAUGGAGCAAGGCCGCGUCACCAUCGCCAAAGCGGGCAUCCAAGCUCAGCUGAACGCGCGUUGCUCGGUGCUUGCCGCGGCUAAUCCAGUCUAUGGGCGAUAUGACCCUUACAAGUCGCCAAUGGAGAACAUCAACAUGCAGGAUUCGCUGCUUUCCCGUUUCGAUCUGGUCUUUGUCAUGCGUGAUGAGCAUGACUGUGACCGCGAUCGCAACGUGGCCGAACAAGUGAUCAAGAUGCACCGCUACCGCGCUAAGGGAGAACCGGAUGGAGCCGUGCUGAAGAUGGGCUCUGCUGUCAAGACCAUUAGCACCAACGCUAUGGAAGAAGAAAGCGAACGAGAUCGCGGCGACUCGAUGUGGGAGAAGGAUGCGACGUGGACUGCCGUUGAGGAAACGGAAAAGGUCCUGACGGUCGAAUUCGUGCGCAAGUUCAUCAAAUUGGCGAAAAACGCGCCAACCCCCGAACUUGGCAAGAAGGCACGUGAGAUGAUUGCCGACGCCUACACCGAGCUCCGAUCUGUGGAAUCCGUACAGGAGGACACUGAGCGCACCAUGAUCGUCACAGUCCGUCAACUCGAGUCGCUCAUCCGCCUAUCGACUGCCGUGGCGAGGGCUCGACUUGCCAAGGAAGUUGAUGUGGUCGAUGUCCAGAAGGCCUACAACCUCCUCCACUUCGCCUGCUUCAAGGAAAAGCCAAAGCAGAAGAUUGAAUGGGAAAAGCGCCACGGCCGCAAGGUCACCGAAGUCGGCGAUGAAGAAAUGGAGGAAGACGAGGAGGCGCAGGAUGAAGAAGUGAUGCCCCGUGGCAAAAAGCGUACUCGUGCCGAGACCCCAGUCGAUCCACAAGACGAGACUAUGGACGUCACAACACAGCAGGACAACACUACCAUGGAUACCGAUGCCAUCCAGCAACCAAGCACCAAGCGUAUCCGUGUGGCCACGCAAGACGACCCAGCUAUCAUCGGAGCUUAUCGUUACAAACUCUUCAAGCAAUAUGCGCGCAAGGCUCUCGAUAAGUUGUGCCCCGAUGGAGAUUUUGCUGACGAGGACGCCAUGGAGCUUGAGCUCCAGAAUUUGAUGAAGGCCGACGGGCACGCCGAAUUCACGGACCCCGAACUGAUUGCCGGCUUCGAAAAGAUGUCCGACCAGAACAUGAUCAUGCGCAGCGAAGGAAAAGUUUGUCCAAUC